CGAGGCCUGGUUACUGAUGCAAGAUGGCGGAGGAGAGAGACCCAGUAACGGUAGUUGUACGGUUGAUAAGGUCAUUCGAGUACAGGAAUAUCAAGCAUGUCGCGUUCAAAAAUGUGUCCCUCUCGCAAACAGCAAAAGACUUUGGGGAAUUUGUCAAAAAAGAGGUAGAAUCUAGGAAAGAUGUGCCUCCUCCAUUCAGGAGCUUCCGCUAUGAUAAAUUCAAAAUUCAACACAAGGCCCAUCAUGCCAAGACAAAUGAUCCUGUUAUAAGAACAGAUGAUGACGAUACCCUGAUAUUGAAGGAGGAGCUUACACUGGAUGCGAAUGGUGUAGAACAUGAAACUGAACUGUCAUUCUUCAAUUAUGAUGAUUACUUGAAGUAUAAAGAAAAUCCACAAUUAAAGUGGUGAAGAUAUAAUGUUUGAAUAUAGAAGAAGAGUUGUAAGCCAGGCAAAAUCCUGCUAGACAAGUCCUCUUUUUAAUGUCAACUACUUGUGUGACACAUGGUUUUGUAGACUAUAAAACUCUAUGCAAAUGAGUUUCAUCUCAGAAAUUAAAUCCUCCUGAAGCACGGUGAAUUUCAAUCCGUUCAACAACUAAAACAGCUCAAUUCUUUUCUUUUAAGGAUCAAAUAAUAAUGGGAGACAUGUAAUUAAAACGAUAAGAGUUUUAAAUAUUAAAAACAAAUUGUCAUGCAA